AUGAAGCGGUUUUUGGCUCGAACAUCUAUGAAUAAUAUAAAUGAUUCUAAAAUAUCCAAAAGUGUUUCAACUUCAUCUGAUUUAGCGGAAUUGGCUGUAGACGACGCCGGUCAUUUUGACAAAGCUCGUGCACCACCGACAGAAAUUGAUGGUAUUGAGCAAAUAAAACAUACUAUAAAUUUAUCUGAUCAUUAUUUAUUUGACGGUAAAUUUUAUGAUAUCGUGUCAAACAUCGGAACAAAACUAACUGCAAAAUGUGUACUCUCCUCAAAACCCAUACAAAGCCAAAAUAAUUCGUCAGGAAAUUUUCUAAGUUAUAUAAAGCACAAGGAAUAUCCAAAGAGUUCGUAUAGUGGUUAA